CAUGUCCAUUUAGCAAAUUUAGACUAUUUUGUUUGUUGACAAAGUCUGAGAACAACGAAAUAUGUUUCCUCUGCCUAUGUUCACCCCGGAGCAAGUGGCUCGGGUGUGCGAGAACCUCGAGGAGACCGGCGACAUCGAGCGCCUUGGGCGGUUCUUAUGGUCCCUGCCUGCCGCUGUCCCUGGCUCCGCGGGGGAGGCUCUCAACCGCCACGAGUCAGUGAUGCGCGCCAGGGCGCUGGUUGCCUUCCACGGAGGAAACUUCGAGGCGCUUUACCAGAUCCUCCAGAGCCACCGCUUUACGCGAGAGUCUCACGCCAAGCUCCAAGAUCUGUGGCUGGAUGCGCACUACCGCGAGGCGGAGCGGCUCCGAGGCCGUGCCCUGGGACCCGUGGAGAAGUACCGCAUCCGCAAGAAGUUCCCCCUGCCUCGCACCAUUUGGGACGGCGAGCAGAAGACGCACUGCUUUAAGGAGAGAACUCGCAGCCUGCUCAGAGAGUGGUACCUCCAGGACCCGUACCCAAACCCGUCCAGGAAACGGCACCUGGCCCAGGCCACGGGACUCACGCCCACACAGGUCGGCAACUGGUUCAAGAACCGACGCCAGAGAGACAGGGCUGCAUCGGCAAAGAACAUACUGCAGCAGGACCCCACCCACCUGCCUUCCGGAAGCUCCCCUGAGGGUUCUGCCCAGGAGCAUCACGCCCACCACCCCCACCUGCUGGCCGCCUCUCCGCGUCACCCGGGCAGCCCAGAGGCCAGCGACUGCAGCACGAGCACUGACCCCCGGGGCACUGGCACCUCCACCCCAGACCACUCCGUUAGCAGCGACAGCGAGUUCGAAUCCUGAGGGUCGGGUCACUGACCACAGCAGGAGAGAGGCUCUCAUUGGUUAAUUAAAUCCUGAAGAGAGAGGCUAUCAUCAGUUCUCAGCCAGGAAGGCCCGACCCCACAGAUAUAUAGAGACAAUAGACACUGUAGAACUACUAUGUCUGUAGCUUGAGAUUGGACACUUGGACAGGAAGUUCUCUAUGAGAGACUUGA